AUGGAUUUACAACAGCCGAUUUUCUUCUCCUUGGAUGUACACCAACAUGAAACUCUGUCAGCUAAAGUCGUCUCCAGGUUGUCUAGAAAGGCUGCCUCUACAUCAGUGGUGACCACCUCCGACUCAGAAUCCGGAAAAUUCUCGGGUGAAUCGGAACUUUGCAUGGAACAUGAAUCAGACCUGGACUGGUUCUGCAGCUCCGAGCAGAAACUUAUAUGCUUGCACUGCACCAUAGUGGGAUCCUGCCAGAGCCACACAGUGACACCCCUGGUCAGCAGAGUGACGGGCGUUAGGAACCAACUGGUUAACAUAUGUGAGAAAAUGCAGCUGCAGGCCCAGCGCAUGGAGCGCUUUAUCAACCAGACCCUGACUGCCAAAGAGCGGGCACUGCAGGUAGAGGUGAGCGGGGCACGGGAGCAAGUGGUGGCCCAGGUCAGUGUGGUGAGGGAGGCGGUGGAAGAGGAGGAACAGCGGCUGCUGGAAGCGGUGCAGAGGGAGGAGGAGAGGGUGGAGCAGUGCCUUCUCACCCAGAGAGCCCACUGGGGCCAGGCCCUGGCUAUGCUCACACAGACGCGCACACGUCUGGUGCACACCCUCACAAACACACCGGACAUACAGCUGGCAGUGAACUCUGGCCAGGAAAUAGCUGAGAGGAUUGAGGAGGCAGAGGGGGUGGGUGAGCCUCAUGACACCGACCAUCUCAACCUGAACGCCAGCUGUAGUGACAGCAAACUCAUGAGGGGCCUGUGGGCCAGCGCCAUACUGCUGGGACCAACUGCUUAUGGUUCAGCAAAUCUGACAUUUGACGAGCGUACUGUCAGCUCCGCACUUUCCCUCUCAGAAGAGCUUUGCACUCUGACCUUCCGGCCUAAGUGGUCACGCCAGUCCCCGCCCUACAACCCAGCUUGCUUCGACUGCUGGCCCAAUGCGCUGGGCACCCUGGCCAUCUCCUCCGGCACCCACAGCUGGGUGAUUGACAUGGGUGAGAGCGGGGUCUUCAAGGUGUGGGUAUGCUACUCCAGCAUGGGGCGCAAGGGCUCGGGCAACAACUCCCACCUGGGCUACAACAUCCAGUCCUGGGUGCUCUCCAAAUACAAUGGGGACUUCUCCUUCUGCCAUGCGGGGAAGAACACACCCCUGCAUGUGGUCCACAAGCCCAAGAGUCUAGGGCUACUCCUGGACUGGCCUAGUCAGACCCUGAUAUUUUAUGACCCAGACUCCAGUGCUGUGUUGCACCUUUAGUGGCCCGCCGCUGCUGCAGCAGUUGCUGUGGCUGACCGCAGUGUCAGCAUACUGCACUGACCUCUGAAGUACUGUAACUGAAGUGUCAAUGAUAUAGAAUUACGGGUAACAUUUUCAUAAGACAUAUCAUAUGAGUUGAUAAUAUAACAGAGAAAGGGCUCAUUAAUGCUUACAACAAGUAGUAUGACAUUACACCUGCUGAUAAAAUGAUACUGAAUUACUUAUAAUAUGUGUACAUCCUACUAAUAGAAUACUAUCAAAGCUUCACAAUUUAUUUGAAUGUAAUCAAAUUGGCCAAAUUUAGGCUCCUAUGUCUCUCUGCAUUGAAUAGGUAUACAGAAGGUUUUUUGAUGGGAGAUAUAUUUCUAAUUUAUUCUUUGUUUAUUUUAAACUGAAGUAAUGAAUCUGUAGAGAUUUCUGUAUGAGUCUCUUGAUCAAAUUAUACAGUAGUCCUAAUGAGUCAUACUGUAGUCAUUUUAGAUAUAGGAGUAUGUUAUUUAUAUUUCUGUUAUUAUAUGUUAUGAUAAUUUACUGUAAGUUAAUGUAAGAA